AGCAGCUGAGAAGCACCGCGUAGCUGUCGCCUCCGUGUCCUCUGCCGCCGCCGCACAGCGGCCCCGAGACCCGGGCUGUCCCGGCCGCCGCUGCACCGCCAUGCCCCGCGCCGCCCCGCUCCUGCUGCUGCUGCUCAGCCUGGCCCAGCGCCGCGCCUGCCUCUCCGGGCCGGUCAGCGCCGCGUCCCCCGGCCCCGCGGGGGACCCCUGCCUCAGCCAGCCCUGCUGGAACAACGGCACCUGCUCCCCGGCGCCGGCCCGGGGCCCCGCCGCCCCCCGCCGCCUGCCGCUGCCCCAGCCUGCCUACAGCUGCGCCUGCCCCGCCGGGGUCACCGGCACCCAUUGCCAGUUUGUUUCAGAUCCUUGUGCCAGCAACCCUUGUCUCCAUGGUAACUGCAGCAGUAACGGUGAUGGCUACCUCUGUGUUUGUAAUGAAGGCUAUGAAGGUACAAACUGUGAACGCUCAUUUCACAGCCUUCCAGUCUCUGGAUGGGCAGAGUCACUGCCACCAAGACAAAUCAGGCCAGUAUCAGCAACCUUGGAACCUGACAUUGUUUUACCCCAUUCAAGAGCAACUGUGACAUUACCUACUUGGCAGCCAAAAGCAGGACAAAAAGUUGUUGAUCUAAAAUGGGAUGAAAUAGAGAUAAUCCCAGAUGUAGCUUGUGGAAAUGCCAGUUCUAACAACUCUGCUGGAGGCCGGCUUAUCUCCUUUGAAGUUCCACAGAACACAUCAAUAAAAAUAAGGCAAGAUGCCACGGCUUCUCUUAUCCUGUUGUGGAAGGUUACAACAGUUGGAUUUAAACAGUGCUCACUUAUAGAUGGUAGAAGUGUUACUCUCCUCCAGGCACUGGGUGGACUUGUUCUUUCCGAAGAAAUGCUUGCAUUAGGAAAUAACUACUUUAUUGGCUUUGUGAAUGAUUCAAUUACUAAAUGCAUUGUGGCUUUACGCUUAACUGUGGUAGUAAAAGUCAGCACCUGCAUGCCUGUGGGAAGCUACUCAGAUGACUUUCAGUGUUUGGGAAAAGGAAAAUGUAUCACAAAACCAUCUGAGGCAAUGUUUUUCUGCGACUGUGAGGAUCAAUAUAUGGGUGCUUUCUGUGAAGAAUUUAACGCCUGUCAAAGCAGGCCCUGCCAGAACAAUGGAACCUGCACUGAUGUAACACAAAAACAUGAUGGGAAAAAUUUCACCUGCACUUGCCCUACUGGUUACAUUGGAGAACUAUGUCAGUCAGAGAUUGAUCACUGCAGCCAAGAGCCAUGCAGAAAUGGUGGUACCUGCUUUUCCAAUAUCAGUGGAUUCAGUUGUCAAUGUCCAGAAGGAUUUUUAGGAUCUUCUUGUGAAGAGAAAGUAGACCCCUGUGCUUCAUCUCCCUGCCAGAACAAUGGGACCUGUUUCGCAGACAGACUUGCUUACUCCUGCAGUUGUAGUCCUGGAUUCACGGGACCUACCUGUUCUCAGCUGAUUGACUUCUGUGCUCUGAAUCCUUGUGCACAUGGCAUUUGUCGCAGUGUUGGAACCAGUUAUAAAUGCCUCUGUAUCCCUGGUUACCAUGGCCUCUAUUGUGAAGAGGAAUAUAAUGAAUGCCUUUCUGCACCCUGCCAGAAUGCUGCCACCUGCAGAGACCUUGUCAAUAGCUAUGAAUGUGUAUGCCUUACUGAAUAUGAAGGACGGCACUGUGAAUUAUACAAAGAUCCUUGCGUUAACAUCAGCUGUCAAAAUGGUGGCACUUGUGACAGUGAAGGUCUAAAUGCUACAUGUAUCUGUGCACCUGGAUUUACAGGUGAAGAGUGUGAAUUUGAUAUAAAUGACUGUGACAGCAAUCCGUGUCAUCAUGCUGGGACUUGCAUAGACCAACCCAAUGGUUAUACGUGCCAUUGUCCACACGGCUGGGUUGGAGCAAAUUGUGAAAUACAUCUGCAGUGGAAGUCUGGGCACAUGGCAGAGAGUCUAACAAACAUGCCUCGUCAUUCCCUCUACAUCAUAAUUGGAGCCCUCUGUGUCGCAUUUGUCCUUAUGCUGAUCAUUCUGAUUGUGGGGAUAUGUCGCAUCAGCCGCAUUGAAUACCAAGGCUCUUCCAGGCCAGCCUAUGAGGAGUUCUACAACUGUAGAAGCAUUGACAGUGAAUUCAGCAGUGCAAUUGCUUCUAUCCGACAUGCCAGGUUUGGAAAGAAAUCCCGACCUGCAAUGUAUGAUGCAACCCCCAUUGCUUAUGAAGAUUACAGCCCUGAUGACAAACCUUUGGUCACGCUAAUUAAAACAAAAGAUUUGUAAUCGACUGUAUCUUUUUCGGAUUAUUUUUCAAAAGGAUGGGCUACUAAAUUAAUUUAAAUAUUUUUAAGAAGAAGAAAGCGUGAGAAAUUUAAAAUGUUAGAUGUUCCAGAAUUUUCUGUAGAAUAUUUAAGAACUAAUUUUCUGCAGCUUUUAGUCUGAAAAAAUAUUUUAAAACUGAGUGUUUGAAAUUCAUGGAUUACAUUUUAAUGUACCUUCAACUCUAUAAAUUGUUAGCUUAUAAUAGUGUGUGCUUUUUCAUGGUAGACACUAUUAAUAAACCCAGAUGAAAUUCUGUGGUUGUUACAGAACAAAAUACAGUAAGCUUAAUCAAUGAACAGUUCCUUUUUGACAUCUCAGUGCCAGCUUUCUCAGUAGAGAUAGGAAAAAGUGAAAAUAAUAUGAUGCAUAAUAUAUCCAUUAAUUUAAAAAAAGUCUAAAAUGUUUGUGUUGUGAAAAAGAAAUUAGUAAAAUUUAUUAUUCCUAACCUGAAUGAAUUAGCUUUUGCCUUAUUCUGUGCAUGGAUAGAUAACCUAUUUCUGCAUUCUUUUUCUGGAAGUUGCUGACACAUACUUUUGAGUUGAUGUUUUUGUCAUUUUUGUAAUAGUAUUCAAGCUAGGCCUUGUAAAAAUAAUAUAUAAUUAAAGUGCCUGUGGAGGCAAACUAAGGACCUGAUCGUGAACUGAUUGAAAUCAGUGGCAAAACUGCCAUUGACUUCAAUGGGUACAGGCUCUGGCCCUAGGAUUGGAUUGAAUCUAUAUUUUUCUUUAAAAGUCAAGGUUUUUAUAUCGUGAGUAAACUAAGCCUAUAGUUUGAGUUGUUUGUUUCUCAAAGGUUAUUAAUGUACAGUACUGUUUCAUUCAAUAUUGUGUAUUUCUCAUAGUGCAUCUUAUUUAUACACAGUAUGGUUUUUCUGUGGCUGCAUUUGAUUGCUUAUGUGCUUCUUCAAAUUCUUGCAUAUUUCAGACAAUAUUAAAUAAAUGUUAUCAAGUCAA